CAAGAUCCGUCGCCGGAGAGGCGUUGUAGCGCCGCGGCCGCCACCACCUUAAGAUCCAACUCCGCCGCCCUCUUCCUAUCCCUGGCCAACUCAUUCCCCGCAUGAGCUCUCCACUGUCGUGAUCUCCUUCCUCACCAGCUGCCAUGGCAUCAGUUGGGUCUUCCUCCAAUAUCGUGGCUGGCUUGAGUUCCUGGCAUGGAUGGUGAUGCCAAAGGACCCGGCGUUAUUUCCUCUCCUUGGAGCAGCGGGGGCAAGGGGCACUGGCGGUCAGGAAUCAUUUACCCAAGUCCUGAUCAAAAUCAAUCAAAACUGCUUCAGUUCAUGGUUGUCCACUAUUUUGAUGUCCUGGCCGGCACCGACGUCGUCGGCAGCAUCACCGUCCACAGUAAUGGCGCUUUACUGAUCAAUGUAGAAAAUAAUGGUUGUUCUACUCAAGUGAGGAGGGACGUGGAGGCAAAAGGAAAGGGUAUAUUCAGUGUAGAAACCCAACCCACGGCUGCUCUAUUCACCUGAGGAGAGACAUAGAAGCAAAAUUGCAGAAGGAAAGUGUAGAUGAGCUUUUUCAUCACCUGUCAGCUCCAUUGUCUGAUGUAAUUUCACUCCGAUUACUGCUUCAUUUUUUGUCACAAUUUGGUGUUCCUUAUCUAAAAUGGGGUUCCGCUGAGGCGGCUUCGAUAUCCAUGUACACAGCAUAUUUCCAUUUUUUAUUUCUUUUCUAAGAGGUGCCAAAAUCUUAGGCGGCUGUUCAAUUGUGGAUAUCCUUGCUAUGUUACUAGAAUGUAGAUGCAGCAUGAGGAAGAAAUUAUCUACAUAUAUUUCUAUGCUUUAGCUAAUAAUCAUCAAUUAGUUUUUUAUUGCUGACCAAUAGAGUUCUGAAGUGUUGUGAUCCCACCUUGGACUGUUUUCUUCUUCUUUUGAUUAGCUAAAUCGGAACUAUUCGUUUACCAUAAUACCAUCCUUCGUGCAAUGCCUUACAAAAAUAUUAUUUUGCAGGCAUUUAUUUUAGUGUGGUGUUGUCAUUGCCAACCUAGCGUUGUUUCUUAGUUAGCUGUCAGUAGAGAAAUCACCCUUCCAUCAGUCUAUUGUUGUGUUAAUACAUAGGCUAAUCCUAUACAGACUUUUAGUCGUCAAAUUAUCUGAGUUGGGAGUUAAAUCUCACGUCUUCAAGUUUCUUUAGUGUUGAUCAGUUUAUGCUUCUCGGCCAUAAAUUUUUGAGUUGUGGCAGGUAUUAUGCUACUUAACUGAAUAUUGUUUCCUUCGACCCCUUCAUAGGAAUCCUCUGUUUUAGCAUUUGUGAUUUUGCAGUCAAUACAAGCCUGAUCUUUGGCAUAUGUUUGAUGUGUUCCCUCUCUGUGCUCUCCAUACAGGUGCUAUUUUAUCCAUUGGUUGCUACAGGAAGCCUUGCGGUGGAUUCCUCGACUGCCUAUGCAAAAACUGUACACAGGGCAUAUUGGUACCUCUUGCUAAUGCUAUUAUUAUUAUUAUUAGUACCUUCUAAUUAUUUACAAUUCACUAGAGGUAUAUACAUUUGUCUUAGCCUGCAUUGAACUAAGCUAGCAUAGAAAGGAUUCAAAGGAGCCAUGUCAAGAUCUCUUGCAUGUGUAAUUGAUUAGUAAUAAUAUACUACUAUCAGACAUGUUA